CCAUGUUUAUGUUCCGUACUAAGCGUGGGUCAAUGACAUUCCGGCUUUUUAAAUGAGCAUUUGGAGCUUUGAAUUGUGAAUGUUCCAAUAAUGUCGAUAACGUAUUUGUUCAGAUCAAUCAGAACAGAGUUCUCAAAGGUCUGCAACAUUCAGUAUGUACAGUCUUUACACACAGGAUGUCCACUUCUAGCGGCAGAAAAAGAGCUCCUUCUGAAACUACGCAAAAGCACUGGUUACACGUUUGUUAACUGCAAGAAGGCAUUGGAAACAUUUGAUAAUGACAUCAUACAGGCAGAGACCUGGUUACAUGAGCAGGCCCAGAAGGAAGGCUGGAGCAAGGCCAGCAAGCUGGAGGGGAGGAGGGCCAAGGAGGGCUUGAUCGGCCUGUUUGUUGGAGGCAGAGCUGCCGUCAUGGUGGAGGUGAACUGUGAGACAGACUUUGUUGCUCGUAAUGAGAAGUUCCAGCAACUUGUGAAGGAUGUGGCAUUUGCCACAAUGGCUCACCACCACGUUAAAACUGACGGCCGGACUGGAUACAUGAAGUCUCUCCUGGCAGCAGAGGACCUAUCUAAAUUGAAUUUGGGGGAUGGUGCUUCUCUGGCUGAUCAGAUGGCCCUUGCCAUAGGUCGUCUCGGUGAGAACAUGUCCGUGAGGCGGGCAGUGACAGUAGGCGUCCCUGCAGGCUGGUUCAUCGGCUCCUACAUCCACGGUGGUGUAGCAGGCCAGUCUGACGUGGCCAUGGGGAGAUACGGUGCCCUGGUGGUGUUCCAGGGGGGCAAGGACGGGGCGCAGGGCAUCCUGGGGAGGAAAUUGGGUCAGCACAUUGUAGGAGAGGCCCCUGUAUCCCUAGGUAACAUGGAUGAUAUUCCCUGUGGGGAUGCAGAGACGCGCCUGCUGCCCCAGUCAUUCCUCCCUGACCCAAGCAGGACUGUGGCCCAGUACCUGACGGAGCAAGGGGCACGUGUCCUGGACUUUGUGCGUUUUCAGUGUGGGGAGGCAAUCAGUGGUUGUGCAUAGGGAAGGAGACAGGAAAGCCUCUCAGAGACCUUAAAGAUUGUUUGUUUGGCUUUUUUUUUAUUAGGCCAAGGUGCGGGUCCUAAGUGUGCUAUGAACUCAACCAGUUUCAUUGUAUUGUGCUUCCUUGCUGUGUGAAGCUGAGCCUAAUACUAAUGUAUAAUAAAAUGGCUUAUGCUGCAGUUACCUGAAUCACCCAAAUAACAAAUGGUACCAUGUUUUUGUACAUGUUGUCUCCACAUACUUAGAUUAGGAUACAUUUAAAUGUUGGUUUUCCAUUUGGUAAAAGAUUUAUAGAUAACCCCUGAUUUAACCUUUCAGAUGUUUAUUCACUGCAUGUUGAUUCAACCCAGCAUCAGGAUCUC